UGGGGCGGAGUAGCCAGCGGCGGCGGCGGCGGCGGGCGGAGCGCAGCGGCGCGAUGGACCCGCCAGCUCGUCCUUCCGUCUCCCGCCCACGGGCUCGAGCUCGCCCGCCGCCGCCGGAGACGCUGCCCACUGCGGGCUUCGACGACGAGCUGUACGACUGCCUGGACUACUACUACCUGCGUGACUUCCCGGCCUCUGGAGCUGGCCGCAGCAAGGGCCGGACGCGGCGCGAGCAGCAGCUGCGCACCAACCGCACGGUGCCCGGCGGCCACGAGCGCAAGGUGGCGCAGACCCUGAUCAACGGGCAGCGCAAGCGGCGCCAGCGCCAGCUGCAACCCCGGCCGCGCACGCGUCUCACCUGAGCGGGAAACCCGAAAGACCUGUUAAAAGUAUUUUCAACUGUAACUGAGUUCCUCCAUGUUGGUCAACAGGACUUUUUUUUUUGAUAAUGUUUAAGUUUCCUGCUUCAGUCUUUUCCUCAGUAAUUAAUUAUUAAGUAAGUAGUUUCCAAGUGGGGAUGUCUUUUUAGGGCUUCCAAUUAAAAGAGAACAGCAAGAAUGCAUUUUAACUCUUCUGGGUUUUUCUCCCUUCCCCACCCCCUCCCCCCACCCCGUGAUAACUGGUUUCCAUUCCGCAAUAUAUAAAGUGUAAAGGAGCAAUCAUGAGGCUAAAGGGAUUUCAGCAACAGCCUAAGGACCUGAGUUUGAUCUUUCAAAGCCAUGGUUUUGAAAACCUGGGUGUAGUGGCCCACACUUAAAAUCCUAGCAUUUGGGAGGUAGAGACAGAUUUCUGG